CUAGGCCAGCCUCUGUGUGUUCUAAGGCACACACUGACCGCGGUGCCUCCCAGGGCCCUGGACUUUGGCUGUUUGCAGACUUUGCUCGGCCUGGGCCAGCAGGGCUCUGGGUCAGCAUGGCCGGCGGCAUCGUGCUGCUCCGGGGCUUCAUCCUUACCCUCAUCCUGCACCAGGUGGAGCUUUCCGUGUUUCUUCCAGCCCCGAAGGCAAACAACGUUCUGCGGAGGUGGAGGCGGGCCAGUUCGUACUUCCUAGAAGAACUCUUCCAGGGAAACUUGGAGAAGGAGUGUUACGAGGAAAUCUGCAGCUAUGAGGAGGCAAGAGAAGUGUUUGAAAAUGACGUCAGUACGGAUGAGUUCUGGAGACAAUACUGGGGUGGCUCUCCGUGCAUCUCCCAGCCCUGCCUCAACAACGGGACAUGCGAGGACCACAUCCGCAGUUACAGCUGCACCUGCUCUCCGGGCUAUGAGGGCAAGACCUGUGCCAUGGCUAUAAAUGAAUGUCACCUAGAGAGGACAGAUGGAUGCCAGCAUUUCUGCCACCCAGGGCAGUCAUCCUACGUGUGCAGUUGUGCAAAGGGCUACAAGCUGGGCAAAGACCAGAAAUCAUGUGGUCUAAGUGACAACUGUGCAUGCGGGGCCCUGACUUCCGAACACAUCAGAAUGACGAAAAGCAGCCAGAAUCUGCCUAGCUUCCCGUGGCAGGUCAGAUUAACAAAUAAUGAAGGAGAAGACUUCUGCGCUGGCGUGUUACUACAGGAAGACUUCGUGUUGACAACAGCAAAGUGUUCACUAUUGUACAGCAACUUUAGUGUAAAAGCAAAUGCUGACCAGAGGAUCGGGGUCAAGAGCACGCACGUGCACAUGCGUUAUGAUGAGGAGUCGGGGGAGAACGAUGUGUCACUGCUGGAGCUGGAGGAGCCCUUGCAGUGUCCCAGCUCUGGGCUCCCCGUCUGUGUCCCAGAGAGGGACUUUGCAGAGCAUGUCCUCAUCCCUGGGACAGAGGGUCUCCUCAGCGGCUGGAUGUUUAAUGGCACAGACCUGGCUACCACACCGACGAUGCUGUCGGUCACACAAGCAGAUGGGGAGGAAUGUGGACAGAUCCUGAAUGUAACAGUCACAACGAGGACAAGCUGUGAGAAGGGCAGUGUGGUGAUGGGGCCAUGGGUGGAAGGAAGUGUGGUGACCCGAGAACAUAAGGGCACCUGGUUCCUCACGGGGAUCCUAGGUUCGCCACCACCACCAGGGCAAUCAUGCAUGCUCCUCCUCACCGCAGUCCCCAGAUACUCCAUGUGGUUUAAACAGAUCAUGAAGUAGCUGAAAUCCAACAACACGGCUGCCAGAGGGUCAAAUCCCGUCACAGUUAGCACUGGAAGAUGACCUCUUAUUCCUUGGAACUUUACAUUUUUCUUUACUCUUGAGAAUUUCAUACACACACACAAGGAAAUGUGACCACACGCACACCCCAUUUCCCUUCUCCAACUCCAUUUAUAUUUCCUUCUCAGGAAAUAUAAUCCACUCAGUUGAGUUAGCACUGCCUCUGUGUGUACGGUGUGGGGCCGUCCACUGGAGCACCCUCAGAACCACACAAUUUUCCCUCCCUCAGCAGCUAUUAACUGCCAACAGCUCCUCAGUGGGGAGUGUGGCAGGGAGCACCCCCCCCCCCAUCUAUGUCAGAAUCUGGCUUGAUCUUGCGCAGUCUUGACCAGGUCACCCCAGCUGCUGAGUCCGUUCCGACCAGAAGGUGCUCUUCUCGACAUCUCAGCUGUAUGUUCUUCCCCAUUCUCUUUGACGAUUUUCCCUAAGCCCUGGUGGAGGUGGAGGUAUGGGUGCAAGAGAAUGGGAGAGUUGGAGCCUGUUGAUUAGGAUGUCCCACGUAGGACUGAGCCCUCGGCCCCUCACUCUCAGCACUUUGACUAACUAUGCAUCUUUGCAUUAACUGCGGCCCAUUAUGAAAAGAAGGUUCUUGGACCAAAGCUGCCAACAGUCCAGCUCUAUGGUAGGAGCAUACAUAUUUAGAAGGUAAUUUUUAACCUGACAAUUUAGCAAAGUAACACUAGCAGCUUCUACCCUAGGCCUGUGACCUCCCCAGUCACAAGCUUUUGGCUGAGAUUAUAGCUUCAGGAAUGGAAUCCCUGUGAAUCAGGCCUCAAAAUCAACCAGAAAGCAGCUCUGUGCCCCAUAAUAGUUCUGCCACAACUGCACCAAUGUGCACAUCUUGCCUGGCAUGUCAGUGUUGUGGAUGAGGGUCCAGCACUGGGUAAGACCACUGUUGCCUCUGCUGUUCCUGUAGUUAGCACAGGCCUUCUGGCCUUAUGAAAGCUAGCCAGCAAGGAGUUUGUUUGAUGGUUUUUAUCCAAACAGAAGCCUUAGGGAAAAAAAUAGGAUUUGUGAAAUAAAAUCAGUGUCAGUCAGAAA